AAAGUGUCAUGCAUCAUCAAAUCACAAUGAAUAGGAGAAACAGUAGCCGGAAACAACUGCUGACGAUAAAGGUGUAAAGGUCUAUAGAUUUUCUUUUGUCAAGUACGGAAGGUGGUAUUUAGGCGGUUGAUGAUUGGCACUUCUCCGGAGAAUGCUCAAUGAUCGAUGGGGAAUCAUGAACAGCUCAUCGGAACUCGAAGACGGACAGCGGGGCAAAAACCAGACAUUCUGUGUGCCCAACUCUUCUCAACUCAAACACCGCUGGUCAGACUCAGAUACAGUCAGACAAACAUCGCCCAAGAGGAUGAGUUGUAGCUACCUGCUAUGUACCAUCCUGCUCUUCGUUGCCGUGCUCCUCGCCGUCACAGUCACCGGAACCAUUCUUCUUAUGAACCACUAUCAGGCCCCGCCCAUGUCGGAUGGACCGCCCCAUAUUAGCACCAAUCAGGAUGAAGCCAAUGCACUGGUAACAGUUGAGAGGGGCGAUGGAUCGCGCAUCAAUAUUUUCAUCGACCCCAACUGCCCCGAUUAUAACAGUAACUUUCUUCGGCUGGAAGGCGUGCAGACUUCUUUGCUGCACUCACUUACUGAUCACGACACAGAUCUGAAAUCCGUCAAAGGACAGGAUCGCGCACUAUUGGUCAACUUGGCAGAGGAAGUUGCUAAGCUGUCUGCCCAUGCAGGUCAGCUGAAGAUGGACUAUGAGUCGUUGAGAAGAGGACAGAACAACCUGGGACAGGACUUGAGCACACUGCAGACUGAACAGAGCAGACUUAUACAGCUGCUUUCCGAAAGCCAGAUUAACAUGGUGAAGGUUGUGAACUCCGUGAGCGAUGCUCUGAAUGCCAUGCAGAAGGAAACAGGUGGUCUGAAAGCCAGGGUGAAGGCUGACCUGCAGAGGGCACCAGUCAGGGGUGUCCGCCUUAAAGGCUGUGCCAAUGGCUCUCGUCCACGUGACUGUAGUGAUAUAUAUUCUAGUGGUCAGAGGGAAGAUGGCAUUUACUCUAUUUUUCCCACUCAUUACCCUGCCGGCUUUCAGGUCUCUUGUGAUAUGAGCACGGAUGGAGGUGGCUGGACGGUGAUCCAGCGUAGAGAAGAUGGAUCUGUGAACUUCUUCAGAGAGUGGGACUCCUACAGAGAAGGAUUUGGAAAAAUCACUGGAGAGCACUGGCUGGGUUUGAAACAGAUCCACGCUCUCACCAUUCAAGGCAACUACGAGCUGCGCAUAGAUCUGGAGGACUUUGAGAACAGCACGGCCUUUGCGCAAUAUGCUGUGUUUGGAGUUGGAUUGUUCUCCGUUGAUCCAGAAGAUGACGGUUACCCCCUGACCGUCGCUGAAUACACUGGAACUGCAGGUGAUUCUUUGCUAAAGCACAACGGAAUGAAGUUCACCACAAAGGACAGAGACAACGAUCAUUCAGAGAACAACUGCGCCUCGUUCUAUCACGGCGCCUGGUGGUACCGCAACUGCCACACCUCCAACCUGAACGGCCAAUACCUGCGCGGACUGCACACCUCGUACGCCGACGGCAUCGAGUGGUCGUCCUGGACGGGAUGGCAGUACUCGCUGAAAUUCACCGAAAUGAAAAUCCGGCCAACGCGUGAAGAGAGGGAGGCCAAGUAAAAAGCAACGCUACUAUGUGAAGAAGUACAAAAAUACAUGUUUAAAAGACUUUGAUAUGGAACUAUAUGGAAAACAGCAAGGAUGUUCGUUGUUUUUCAUCUGAAAGAAAGUUUGUGUUGAUUGCUUAGCACAUCCGUUGGCUGUUUGUUUAUUCAUUUGGGGGUAAACUCAUGCUGUUGUGUGGCUGCUGUAAGCCCUCCAUGUUACAAUCUUUAAUCAUAAAACCCUGAAGUUUUCUGGAAACACACCCCAGCACUGACUCAGCUGUUUUGACAACAACCAGAGUGAAUCAACUGUACCAUUAUCUAGGUAAUUCAUAAAUGGCAAAGAAAUGGCGGAACGGUUUCUAAAGUCAGUAAAGGGCUUUAUGUUAUUUUCAUACACACACCAUUUAAAUAUAAUUAAUAUGUUAAACUCACCCCAUAAACGUGUGGCAGACGCAUCUGAUGCCUGCAUUUACUGUACAUCUGCAAAACGUAUUAUUUUGAUUGCUCAUCUGCAAUAGCCUACGUCUCUGAGACGUCUGCUGUCAGAUGUCAUUCAGACAUCUAGUAGAUGUCUGUAAGAUCUUUAGCUUACGUCUUACAGACGUACCUGUGCCACUUGGGACACAACCCAAAAUCUCCCAAAAUCUGUGUUUAAAAUAGAAUGCUAGUUUAGAUAUGAAAUAUGAGGAUAUUGCAGAAAUCAAGCAAAAAAUAAGAGAGAGAGAGAUAGAGAGAGCAAGAAGUAUAUUAAAGAGAGUAAAGAGGUUUCUGAGGGAGUUUGUCUCUGUAAGCGGAGCUCAUCUAUCUGACAGCCCAUUAACAAGCACAUUGGCCACUUUGUGUGAUCGCCAUUGCCAAGUGAUCAUCAUCCAGGCUCUUCAUCUAACGCAUACACAGAAGUAGGCUGGCAGCAGAGGCAGAGAUAUAAGAAAAAUGUGAUGCCGUCCACAUGUCGCCAGAGUGCGUUUCUGACAGUUUAGUGGAGCUGGAGUGUUCUUCGGGAUCUUUUAUCGCCUCAAUGUACUUGCUGAUUGAGUGUUUACUUACCAAACAUUCCCUCGAAGACACUUGUACACCCAUAGAGUAGGAAAUGUGUUACUUGCUCUUUGGACGGAGGGCGUGCGCAUACGUGAGAUUUUGAUUUAAAUGAAUUGCCCAACUCACCCCAAAUUCACUUUUAAAGGGGGGAUGCAAUGGUGUUUCAUGCAUUCUGACUUCUUUACAAUGUUAAACAUGCAGGCUUCUCAUCCUUAACAUGGUCAACUUGACAAAAACAAGUUGGACGUAUGACCUAGUAUAGUAGAUCUGUGCUCGAUACACUCCCCCAGCAUUCAUAAGUUUUGGAAAGUUUUUUCGAACAUGAAAAUACAACGAAUUGUCCCUUAUUGGACAAUUCUCCCGGAAAAGCAUGCCCACGCGUCAACCAAGGAGAGCGGGAGAAGGAGUAUGCACACACGUCACUUUCACUUGUGUGACGAAGAGAGAGCAUACGUUUGUGAAGUUCAGCUGUGUUUGUUAGUUCACUGCCUUUGGGUGAUGGAUGUUAUAUAAUCGGUGGAAACAAUGCAGAAUUAUUUGGAGAUCUUUUGAAACUGAUAGAUGGAGCGGCAGAUGCCGGAGAAGAACCGCACGCGGUAACAUUUCUCCAACCCCAUCCCUCCAGGCAUCGUAUCUUUUCGGAAAUAAUCGUACAGCUGUUUCCACAAUUAUAAAUAUGAUCAAACUAAAGAUUCUACUGAUAUUUGAUGGGUACGAUACUAUACUGUAAGUAACCAAGAUUAACACGAGAUAUGCAGAAAGUGUCUGAGUUACGGCCACUUUAAGUGUAAACACAGACACGUGUAUCAGCUCGCUCACUGCCUCCGGCUCACUUUACAAAGGUCAGACGUCUCAGACCUGAAUAUUGUGCUUUUCCUCAAAUAUUGCUCUGCUCCCCUCACUUACAUCACUCACUUUCUCUUUGUUCUUCUCAUCUUCUCAUUUGUUCUACCUCCGCUCUCUCUCUCCUGGAGUUUGUUUUCUUUGGUUCCCUGUGGAAGUCGAAAAGGUCAGCGUGUCAUUAAGUACAAUUACGCUGCUCAUUGUUCUUGCGUCUUUGCUCGUUUCUGACUCGUUCCUUUUCUCUCCUCUGUUCUUCUCUUAUUCAUCCCCCUGUAAACUGAAUUAUUCCCAUUUUUGAUAAAGGUCCAUUUUCAUAAUGAUGACAGUUUUUAAAUUGUGUAAUAAUGAAUUCUGAAUGGAGAAAUGUACACUGUUACUGUAACACGAUUAACACACUAACAAACGUGUUUAUUUGAUUUUAAGGUGAUGUUCAGCAUUCAUGUAGACAUGUGAAUGAACUGCAAGUUUGAACACUGAUUCUUUCAUCUUUUAAUUGAAGAUUUUCAUGAGCAGUUUUUUGACGUUACCUUUAUAAAUGUACCAAGAGCUUUAAGAAAUGUGUAGAAUUUCAUGUACAGUGUGUGUUUUAGAGACUUUUAGCGCAUGUGAAAUGUUUUCUUAUGGGAAAUUGAAAAAAGCACACAAAAUAAUUGAUGUGAGACAUACAGGUGAAAUCCGUUGAUAAUGCUAGAAUGUAUCCAUUGUUACAUGGCUGGGAUCUGAAGAGCCAUUGCGUCUGCCAGGAUUUAUGCUAAAGAACAUUUAAAGCUACGAGCACAAAUAAUGAGCACAUUACUACAGAAGGUAUACGGCAAUAUGACAGUAAAUGCAACAUUUGAGGAUGCCGCCGAGAAAAUUAAAUGGACACUUGAAGACAGAGCGAGCUCUUGAUCCCCACACCAUCUCUUUCUUUCUGUCUCUGGAGUCUCAUCUGACCACACUGCUUAAACUACAAAGUUGCCUCUGUCGCUCUGUGUCUCUGUUCAGUCCUUCCCCUUCUCUUUUGCACUAUACCCUCGUCUCAUUCUCUCAACUCUGAUUUCUUUCUCUCUUUCUGUGGAAUUACUCUGCAAUCAUUCGCUUUUCUUUAUGUCAUCAUUUGCUUCAGAGUUAACCAUGCCUGCCUGUUCAGCUGUCAAUAACAUUUCUUCAGUCGGUUGCCGUGGCAACCAUCCUCUGAACGAAAGCUAGCAGACUGAAGAAUGAAGGGAAAAGAUGUUAAAUGAUGUAACAAUGUCAGGAAAUCGAGAAAGGACAAAAGACCAGAAGAAACCAGGAGUGCACAUUAUAACAGGAAAGAUUAAUUGUAAUUGAGUGAGUGAGUGAGUGAGUGAGUGAGUGAGUGAGUGAGUGAGUGAGUGAGUGAGUGAGUGAGUGAGCAAGCGAGUGAUUGAGUGAAUGAAGCAAAAAAAUAAGUGUAAAGAAGAAAAGUUAAUUGUUAUUUCUGUCUAUGACAUUGGAUCUUCAUAUUGUGUGCAUAUUAAAAAGUCAAUAAAUAACAUUGAAAUAAAUAGAUU